GUUGAUUUUCCUCAAGUUGAAAAACUAUAUCUGAGAAGUGAGAAAUGUUCACCCAUACAUUAAGGAUCGCCUUUUGGACCCCAAAUAUGCUUGUGCAUUCUUAUCUAAUGAAAUCUAACAAUCUUUCUGCAACCAGAAUCAAUGUGUAUUUUGUAUCACUAACUGCUAGUCUUGCUUAGUGAUGAUUAUAUACAAUGACUGAAUAUAAAGUUUGUCAUGCCAGCUGGAGAGUAAUGGAAUGCCAGCUGGAGAGAGUGGUGGAAUAUGGCAUGGAUCACAUGUAUUGCAGCAUACUAAAGCUUAACCUGGAUAUUUUAUGGUUGACAAAAUGAAAAUACAAGAGACGAGACGAAGAAGAAAAAGAAGUUGUUGGGCCUCAGCCCGGAAGAGUGAGGAAGACUAACCUAGCCCAGUAAGCAAGCACAGGCAGGUGACGUGGUAUAAUUAUAGCGGAGAAGCUAUGGCUAAAAGGGUUUGAAAUUCAGAGCAGAGAAAAGGGGGAGGGUUUGUACUAUUAGACUAUCAAAUAACGGUUGCAUUCACAAGGGAGUAAUUGAGUGCGUAUAUAAGAACAGGAGGGCAGAGAUGAGUCAUUACAUCAAAUAUUACUCUGAAGAGUUGAUAACCUUGACGGAUUGUACUUGUCCUAGUUUUUCUCCAUCUACAGCAAGCAUAACAUUUGGAAGAAAUUCCCUAAUUGUUGCUCAUAUAGAAGUCAACAAGUUUUGAGGGUAAUCAUUAUCCAUUUACUGAGAAGGCGGAAAGAAUAAUAAUUACCCUCAAAACUUGUUAGAAUUCUAUAUGGGCAACAAUUAUGAAAUUUCUUUGAGAUGUUAUGCUUGCUGCAGCAGAUGGAGAACAACUGGGACAAGCAGAUGUUGUUCUGGAGAUACAAAAGUGCGCCACAAAUAUUUAUUUAUAUGAAGAAAUUUCCAUAACCGCAACGUCUAAAAGGACACCCGAAGGUGUCGAGCAUAUAAUUUCUUUGGAUGAAAUCGCCUAUUAAUUGUAAUGAACCUCGGUCUCUCACAUCCCAGCAGCUGAGGAGAUCUUAAGUAAUAGUUGGAGAUGAGGGGUAUACCGUCCCUUCUUAGAAAGUGGAUGAAUUGGAACAACAUAUGCCCAGCAAGUCAAUUGAACCUCGGUCCGUCACUUCCCAACCAACAAAAUCUGUAAAAAUCUUAGAAGAUGAGAGAAAUACUGUCAUAAGCGAACUUCGGGGCAGGGACGGAGCCAUGAAGACUCAUCAUUCUGCUUUGGGAGGAACUUCUGAAGAGAUUGUUAAAGAGCAUGCUGUGGCGGUUGAAAGGGAUGAACCCAUAGAAGAAUCAGCUGCUGAUGACUUUGAGUAUGCUGCGAGGUAUGAAGACGUGGGACAUGCUAUGAUUACUGCAUCUCAGCCUUCCAGUUUGCAAACCAUGAAAUCGUUGCCUCAACAAGUCAAUAUGAAAAAGAUGGUGUUAGAAAAUGAAGGAGAUGCAUCCACUCAACUUCCCUGCAAUUUGCAACGGUGUGAGGAUGGCACUGAACAAGAGGAACAAGUUUUGGAGAUGCAAAAGAGUACCCCAAUCAUUAACUCACAUAAAGUGGAUAAAUUGCAAGAAGCGCCACCUACCAUUAGCAAAGAGAGUCUUAGCCAGCAUUUUGGGAAAUCACUAGAUGAAGCAAGAGAGAUAUUUGGUGUUAGUCGAUCUGAAUUUAAAAGGAGGUGCAGAGAUGUUGGUAUUAAAAGGUGGCAAUAUGGCAAGAGAAAGAUGGGUAGCAACAGUUCUUCAAAGCACAAGCAAAGACUAAACAAUGGGUAUUCUACAAACAUGCCUCAUGUGCAAGAUCAACCUGUUAUUUCCCAUACAACCCGGGUCUUGAAUACGAUGGAUGUAAAGGUGAUGUAUAACGACCUCAUUAUAAGGUUUGAACUGCCUGAACUAUCAGGAAUAUCAGAGUUAGAAGACAAUGUGAUUAAGAGGCUGCACUUGGAUAAACAGAGUUUCAGUAUCAAGUACGAAGAUGAUGGCGGUCAUUGGGUUCUAAUUACUUGUGACGAGGAUGUGCAGUACUGUAUGAAAAUGUCAAGAUUAUGGAAGAAAACAACUAUUAAUAUGUUGGUUAGCCAGACUGCUAAUCAUUAAGCUCCUUCAAAGCAGAUGACACCCAUUUUUUUCCCCUCCGAGAGAUAUUUAUAUGAUCUGCUUGCUGCCUUUUCUACAACAGUAUGACAUCUCUCAUAUUACAGACCAUAGCAAUAGCCAAUAGAUGCCCCAGACUUGUAGCAUAACUCCAAGUCCAAUGUUUGCUGUAAUUUUUGAGAUUUUUUAUUUUUUGAGCACAUAGUCGAUUUAUAAUUUUGGUGUUAUAAUUAUUUUUUUGCACAGUGA